AUGAUUGUACGGAGCAUCUACCUUCUGGCCGUUGCCAUCCUCCCAUUCACGUGUGCUGAUGUCCAAGUCGUCGCACCUGAAGCUGGGGACAGUAUCUCCGGACUCAAUCUAGAGAUACAGUGGAAAGACUCAGGCAAUUCACCGCCACUCUCUCAACUAGCUAAUUAUCAACUCUUCCUGUGUGCGGGGGGCAACGAUGAGUCCGACUAUAUCCCAGUGGCCACCCUUGUCCAAGAAGGGACCUAUACAACCGGCGACUCGAUCACUAUCACUUUGCAAGCGAGUACCGGGGCCAAUGUGGCUAACGCCUAUUUCUUGAAAUUCGUAUCCGCCGCAACAGGAGGCACUGUCAUCAACUUUUCCGACCGAUUCUCCCUCACAAGCAUGAGUGGCACGUUCCCGGCUGCGGUACAGCAAGGAUUGAGGACCGUCACUGGCACUGCUGGGCCGGCCGAUGUCAAUAACAUUCAAGCUCCCCAAGCAGGCGCUGGUCAAAAUACCCAGUCUUCUGUCGGAGACGGAGCCUACAGUACUCCAUACACCAUGCAGACAGGGACAAUCCGUUAUGCUCCCAUGCCUCCAAUGGCCCAAACACAGAUCACUGCCAAAAAUGCUUCUCCUCUGUGGCCGACUAGCGCAUAUACUGUUUACCAGACCAUUGCCGGCACUCCAAAUGCCGUCACGACCAACACGUUGCCCAUUACAUUCACCGUUUCGAGUAGAGAGAAUCCGAUCGCUGCGGCCGGCCAGCCCACCGACACGGCGAUGCAGAAGUUCCUCAAUCGGUGGAAGGACUGA